AUGAUCGUUGUACCCAUGGCUGCCUCCCUUUCGCCGCUGAUUUCCACAGAGGAUUCCGAGACCAAGAAGACACGGUAUCUCCAGAUUGAGAUUUUUGACUACAACAAGACGCCCUGGCUGGAAAUUACUUGGAGGCAGCUGACCGACGAGUGCGGGAACGCCAUCAGCGAUGGCUUCGAAGGGAAGGCGCACUACAAAGACGGAGACAGACAGGACACCUCCAAGUUCCAGAUCGACAUGUACGUCUGCGCUCCGUGGGGACACUACGAGCUGGAGGUCGUCUCCAAGAGCACGAACGACGGCAACCCUAUGGAGAGGAUCGCCUUCGAGGUUGAGUACGGCCCGGAGCAGUACCACAUCUGGGACUCCCUGAACACCCCGUUCUUCGACGAAGACAACCCCCCCAGCGACUAUGCCCCCAUCCCCACCAAGUUCAACGACGGCAUCGACGAAGGUGACACCUUCACGUGGCCCCUCGAAGGCGCCGAGGGCUACUACUCCGUCAUGUACUCGGGCCCCUUCCCGCCGCUGGAGUGCCCAAACCUGUACCCCGCGGGCGUCGCCUACGUGGGGUGCUACCCUGCCGGCAUGUUCGGCGAAGCCGAGGGCCCCGAAGGCAGCGCCAACGGCGAAGACCCCGCCGAGAACUACCGCCUGUUCGACGGCAUCGACGACGAAGGUGUCGCAGCUGACAAAGUCAUGACUCUUGAGUGCCUGUGUGGAGACGAGCUAGACGGUAGCCCUUACGACGACGUUCGCGGCGAGUCCGUCUGCGGAGUCGACUACACCGACGACGUCAACAUCCCCGAGUACAAGUUCCUCUGCUCGGGAGAGAGCACGGUACUGUGCGGGACUGACACGCACAUGUCGGUGUACUCCCUCAAUGAAGACCGCGGAGCGAACAAUGACGGAGACUAUGAGCUCAUCGGAUGUCGCGUGGAUGAUCGUGAGGCUCGGGUGAUGUCAGUGGGGCCAAUCGAGGGAGACGCCAUGUCCGCGGAGAUUUGCUUCGACAUUUGCCGCGAACUGCACCCGACGUCCACCCACUUCGGGACACAAUACGGAAACGAGUGCUUCUGCACGGACGUGCUUGGGGAAAGCGCGGUGUCCACGGACUGCACCUACGAUUGCAUAGGGAACCCGGAUGAGACCUGCGGCGGGUUUGACAGGAUCACGGCGUACCGGAUCGCGGGCUCCGAACCCAGCGCGGGGGAUGGCUACGUUUCGAUCGGCUGCCUGGCAGACAAGAACGGUGACAGGAUCAUGGAUAGACGCAUGGUGACCUCUAUACCCAUGUCAGCCGAGAUCUGCUACGGGAUUUGCAAAGACGGAACAAACACGCACUUCGGCACCCAGUGGGGUAAAGAGUGCUUCUGCCUAGCGGACGCCGACUUCGAGAACAUGGACAAGCACGGCGGCGAACUGUCCACUGCGUCUCACUGCCAAAUGGGUUGUGCCGGGUUUACACACCGCGAUGAGAAGUGCGGCGGUUUUGAUGAAAUGUCGGCGUAUGAAAUUAUCCCCGAAUCUAAGGUACCGGUGAUCGAUGGCCCCUACACGGCACUGGGCUGUUUCGAGGACCCUCGCGACGGAGACAAGGCGAUGGACGCGUUGUUCACGGACGCUACGACAAUGUCGGCUGACGUGAGCACGGAUGAUGUAUUGGAAGUUUUCAAUAUCCCCAGACUUCGAAUACAUUCGUCUCGCACAGUCAACCCUGCUCACGAAUAA